UAAAACGCUGCUAUUUUCUCUAGGGGAACUGAUCUGCCUAGCCUGGACAUCGGUUGAAAUGUCUGGUGAACUCCACUCCACUCCUGCAAUUGAUUACCCUAACCUCAUAUUACACGACCCAGCCUAAUCUAAACACUUUCCAAGUUUACCAGUAGUUGUAGAUUGACCAUGUGAGGCUUUAAUGUGCGUUUCCUCUUUAGCAAUAAACUCCAAAGAGUAGGUAAGGCUCAUUUCCAAGAGGCAAACAAUAACUUCCUUUCGUUUUCAUAUUUAAAACAUAUCGAGGCCACCAACUGCACCUCUUCCUGCAGAGGAAAGGGAGAGGCAGUUCAAUCGUUUCACGGAGCUUUUAAAGAGCCGAACGCUCGUCGCGCCGGCGCCCGGUUGACCGAAGGUUUGCAAAGGCGGCUGCAAGGCAACGAGACAGGGAACGAGCGGCCCUCUUCCAAUCAUGUGAAGACGCUGGCAGCCACUUCCGUCUCGCGCCUGCUUUUUCGGGCGCUCGUGCCAUCCUUACAGGGUCCUAGUGCUGCUGUCUAAAACCUGGCUACCCCGGUAGGAGUAGGACGCCCCUUCACUGGCCAUGGAGGAAGAGGCGGCGGGCAGCGGGGAAAAUCUGGCCAGCCACACUAUCAGCGAGAGCGAAGCAGCAACGGAGGAGGACAGUUGCCAGGGCCUGUGGGAGCUGCCCGUGGAGUGCAGCGUGCGCAGACGCGAGUGUGAUCGCUGUGGCCGUCCUCAAAAGGUGUGCUUGUGUCCAUUUUUGCCAGUCCAUCCCUUGAGAGUCUCCACCUGUUUGUACAUCAUCCAGCAUCCAGCAGAGGAAAGUAGAGUACUACGGACUGUGCCUCUGCUCGCUGCUUGUUUACCUGAAGACAAAUGUAAAGUCUUGAUUGGUCGUCGCUUCAGCGAAGACAGGUACCCUGAGCUCGCAUCUGUGUGCCGAAAUCCUAAUACCUUGAUAUUAUAUCCUGGAGCGGGAGCAGCAAAUUUGGAAGAUGUAGACUUGAGCUCUCCUGAUCCUUGCAUAAUUGUAAUCAUCGAUGGAACAUGGAGUCAGGCCAAAGAUAUAUUCUUUAAAAACUCUCUUUUUCGGAUACCUAAACAGGUACAACUGAGAACUAGCCUUUCAAGUCAGUAUGUUAUUCGUACACAGCCCACAAAUGCAUGCCUUUCCACGCUUGAAUGCGCAGCUGUUGCUCUUGCCAUCAUGGAAAAAAAUGAUUGCAUUAAAGAAAUUAUACUCCGGCCUCUUCAAGCUCUGUGCUCUUUCCAGCUUCAGCAUGGUGCUCAAAUCCAUCACAGCAAAGAACAUCUUCUUAAAAAUGGUUUAUAUGACAAACCUAUGCCAAAAAAUAAACGCAAACUCAGGAGAAUGGAACUCUUAGUUAAUAAUGUUAAAAUUUAGCAAUGUCAUGUAGUCAUAGUACUAAAGACUUUUUUUUAUUCCUUUUAGCUAAUGAAGUGAAGUUUGAUAUGGGUUGAAGCCAAACAGUCAUUUCUUUAAUAAAGGACCAAAUUCAGAUGGCUGCUUGCCCAGGAGUUCAAGCAUAAUACAAAAAAAACAGAAUUCCUAUUGCGUUAGGCCAAGGAAUAAAGGAGAGCCUUUGUUUCCCCUAGUUUAUCAAUUUGUGAUCUGUAACAUUUCUUUAAUUUUUCUUAUGGAAAGGUUUUGGCAUUGCUGAAUGAAGUACAAAGAUUUUGCAAAGCAAGGGUAAGGGUUCAAUAACAGGCAAUUUGUAAGUAAGUAUGUGGAAUACUAGAAUGCAAUUUCUUGUUUUCUGGUGGAAGUAUGUUCAUGCUGCCAACUGUGUAAGCCCAAGUGGAAACAAGAAUCCAGGAUUGCUGCUUUCCUUAUAAAAAGUAUCCGUGAAAUUGUUUUAAACUGAUUGCACUUGUGCCUGAAGUUUGUUUUUCUUUGUACCACACAACAGCUAUAGACAUGAUGGACUGGUUAAGACUUGGACCCUGAUACAGCAAAUCACAUGAGUGGGACUUCCACCUUUCCCAAGGGAUUUUGAACAGCACAUGGAAAGAUCUUUGCAAAACUCUAUUCUGACAGUACAAAUUUUAUGAGUUCAGGGUUUGCUGGAUCACAAUCUUGGGGUUUUUGCUAUAGUGUUGUUAGCAGUAUUGUGUAUACAGCAGACAUUAGUAUUCUUAGAUCUUGUGUAGAUGGCAAGCUUAUUCUUUUGCAUAUAUUUCUGACUAUUGUAGCAGAAAUUGAAGAUGUGAUAGAGGUUGAAAAAGAACAUCAGCACUGAAUAAUGUGUGGUGCAGUUCAUCUAGAUAAAGAAAUAGAAUCAAUGUUAUUAAGAAUACUGAUUGAAAGUCAUAUAAGUCAUAUAUAUACU